CACUGAUGCUCGUAAUUUUACAAAGAAACAGUAGUUAGACGCCACUGAGGAUAGUUGUAAUGACAUUAUCUUCCACCGACCGCGUCGAUUGGACUUGGCUAAUAUCUGCGUUAGCUGUGUGACGUCCGCUGGCUUCAUUUUAUCACAUGGGAUAUGGCUACUUACUGGAGCUCGGGCGACUGUUUUCACAACGGAUAAUGCUAACAACGAGGGUCCCCAAAUCCCGAGGACGGCCCAGAUAACCUCCUUCUGCCUUUGAGAAGAGCAACUGCACUGUUUGGACACUUUAUGGUCUUUAACUGUGCGUCUUUGAGAGCAACAAAAUCACUAAGAAACCCUGUUGCAAUCAAUAACAGCAACCACCACCAGGCAUCGACCACCGUUCACUGCGGCUCUUGGACGAUCAGCGUUGUGUUUAUGUCUUUGUUUUGCGAAAACGAGCUGUUGCGCAGCCGUUGGAACCUGUGUGGUGGAAAUCUAGACUUCAAGCAAGGAGCUUGCAGCCACAGCGGCACAACGUUUUUCAUGUCAGAGACCGAGCACGCUUGCAGUCGUUUAUGUCAUCCCCUCUUUUCCAGACAGAAGAUCCCGAAAAAUCCCCAACCAAGAUCCUUUUAUCUUACUGAUAGUGCUAACAUCCAGCCAAAAUGUCUGUCAACGUCAACCGCAGCGUGUCAGACCAGUUCUAUCGCUACAAGAUGCCCCGUCUGAUUGCCAAGGUUGAAGGCAAAGGGAAUGGAAUCAAGACGGUCAUUGUCAACAUGGUUGAUGUUGCAAAGGCUCUGAACAGGCCUCCAACAUACCCGACCAAGUUUUUUGGUUGUGAACUUGGCGCUCAGACCCAGUUUGAUACCAAAAACGAUCGUUACAUCGUCAACGGAUCCCACGAGGCGAACAAGUUGCAGGACAUGCUUGAUGGGUUCAUCAGAAAAUUUGUGCUGUGUCCUGAGUGUGAUAACCCUGAAACUGAUCUGCAUGUCAAUCCCAAGAAACAAACUAUUGGUACUUCCUGUAAGGCCUGUGGGUAUCGUGGCAUGCUAGACACCAGACACAAACUCUGCACGUUCAUCCUUAAAAACCCACCUGAGAGCAAUGAUAGUGGAUCUGCAUCUGUGAAGAAAGAGAAGGAGAAGAAGAACCGCAAGAAGGACAAGGAAAAUGGCUCUGGCAGUGGCGAGGCUGGAAAUCACGACAACUUUGAUGCUCCUGAGGCUGUGGAUGGAGAUGACGACGAUGAAGACUGGGCAGAGGAGACUACAGAGGAGGCACAAAGGCGGCGAAUGGAGGAGAUCAGCGACCAUGCCAAGAACCUCACACUCAGUGAGGACUUGGAGAAACCCCUGGAGGAGAGGGUCAACCUGUUCUACAGCUUUGUGAAACAAAAAAAGGAGAGUGGAACCAUCGAUGGAGCUGAUAAAGAGAUCUUGGCAGAGGCAGAGCGUCUGGAUGUGAAGGCCAUGGGCCCGCUCAUCCUCAGCGAGCUGCUGUUCAACGAGAACAUCCGUGACCAGAUCAAGAAGUACAAACGGCACUUCCUGCGUUUCUGCCACAACAACAAAAAGGCCCAAAAGUAUUUGCUGGGAGGCUUUGAGUGUGUCGUGAAGCUGCAUCAGGUCCAGCUCCUGCCACGUGUUCCCAUCAUCCUCAAAGACCUGUACGAUGCUGACCUGCUGGAGGAGGAUGUCAUUUUCGCCUGGGCAGAGAAAGUUUCUAAGAAGUAUGUCUCCAAGGAACUUGCCAAAGAGAUCCACGCCAAGGCCGCUCCUUUUGUCAAAUGGCUGAAAGAGGCAGAGGAGGAGAGCGAGGGCAGCGAGGAAGAGGAGGAGGAAGAUGAGAAUGUUGAGGUGGUGUACUCGUCCUCUGUCCACAAGCUCAAAGUGGAGACUGUGAAACCAGACGCGCCUGAGAAAGAAGAGGACGACAUUGACAUCGAUGCGAUCUGAGAGACUCAAGUGAUGAUGCUGCUUUUCUUGAGUUGUGGCUUUGAGUCGCGUUGUCCUGUAUGAGCUAAAUGGCUGGCCUUUUCCCUCCUUUACUUCCUGCCCCACCACCCUCUACGAUCCGUUCUCUGCUUCGUGGCAUGACUUAACAUAGCGCUAUCUGCUGCACAUUAAUGCUGUCAUUUUAAAGUGUAUUCAGCUGAUUGGAAUGAAGUCGCUUUUGGGGAUUUUAAUCAUGGGUGAUUUGGGGUUUGUUUUGACUGCACAUUAUUUUAUUUUAAUUUUUUUUUUUUUCGGUCCCUGUAUUUUCCCAGUCAAUAAAGAAUGUUUUGCUAUCCAACACA